AUGUCCUCCUCGGCUGAAUUCUUCCGCAUCCCCGCGGCGGUCAUCCGUCGCACCGCACCUCGUCUCAGUUCCACUCUUGGCCCCCUGGCCAACCGACCGGCCAUCCCAGGGAAACUGGCCGCAAUCUCUCGGGGAAAACUCCAGCGUGAAACUGAAUCUCAAACCCCAGACCUCCGUCGGUGUCUGGGUCACCACCACAUCUUCCGUCGCUGCGUCGCAGCCGAAGAAGAAGACAACGCACGAUAUCGUCGCGAAACCUACGAAGAGGACGACGACGGAGAAUACUAUCAGCGCCACUCUACAAGCCGGCGCGACUCGGACUCCACUCCCAUCCGCACCCAGAUCACCAAGGCUGUCAAAGCCAUGGUGCGGCGUCGC